AUGCGGUGGCUGACGGAAGGAGCAGCUCCGGGAGACAGUCUCUUUUUCCACUUUUCCGGACACGGCUCUCGAAGAAGAGACCCCAGCGGAGUCGAAGCUGACGGCUACGACGAGACUGUGCUGCCCCUCGACUUCGAAGCAGCAGGCGAAAUCGUCGACGACGAGGUGCGCCCCCUGCUGCAGCAGCAGCAGCAGCAGCAGCAGCAGCAGCAGCAGCAGCGGCAGCAGCAGCAGCGGCAGCAGCAGCAGUGGCUGUGGCGGGGCAGGAGCAGGGGCAGGGGCAGGGAGAAAGGCUGCUGCAGCAGCAGUGGCUGUGGCAGCAGCAGCAGCGGCAGCAGCAGAAGUCAUGCUGCUUAUGGCUAA